CCUUCUGUCGCCAUGAGCUGGCUGUCCAGUUCCCAGGGAGUGGUCCUAACGGCCUACCACCCCAGCGGCAAGGACCAGGCCGUCGGGGGGCCGGGCGGCAAGGGGCGGGAGGAGGCCACGUCCAGCCGUAAAUAUGGCCAGUGCACGAUGAACCAGGAGAUCACCAAAGUCACCGAAAAGCCUCCAUUUGACCGAUCAGGUUCUCAGGAUUCUCUGGAUGAACUCUCUAUGGAGGACUACUGGACGGAAGUAGAAAAUAUCAAGAAAUCUAGUGAGAACAGACAAGAUCAAGAGGUGGUGGUUGUCAAUGAGCCUGAUGAGGGAGAACUGGAAGAGGAAUGGCUCAAGGAGGCUGGUUUGUCCAAUCUCUUUGGAGAAUCUGCUGGAGAUCCCCAAGAAAGCAUGGUGUUUUUGUCAACAUUGACCCGGACCCAGGCAGCAGCUGUUCAGAAACGGGUAGAGACAGUCUCCCAGACCUUGAGGAAAAAAAACAAACAGUACCAGAUUCCUGACGUCAGAGAUAUAUUUGCUCAACAGAGAGAGUCCAAAGAAAAAGCUCCAGAUGGCACCGACUUACAGUCAGUCAGAACAGAUGAAAACAAACAUCAAGGAAAAGAUGACCAGGCAUCGAGCCUAGUUGUUGGUGAAAAAGAGCUGACUCCACUGGUCCCUGAGGAGGCACCUGCCUCUGAAACAGAUAUCAAUCUGGAGGUAUCAUUUGCAGAGCAAGCGGUCAAUCAGGAGAACUCCAAGGAGAAGCCCCAGAAGAGCAAAGGCAAUGAUGCUUCGUUACCUAAUUUCAGAUUGCCAAAAGACAAAACAGGCACCACCAGGAUUGGUGACCUAGCACCCCAGGAUAUGAAGAAAGUUUGCCGCUUAGCCCUGAUUGAGCUGACUGCCCUCUAUGACGUAUUGGGUGUUGAAUUGAAGCAACAAAAAGCUGUGAAAAUCAAAACAAAAGAUUCUGGCCUUUUUUGUAUUCCACUGACAGUGUUGUUGGAACACGAUCAGAGGAAAGUACCAGGAACUCGAAUACCCUUGAUAUUUCAAAAACUGAUUGCUCGAAUCGAGGAGGGAGGCUUGGAAACAGAAGGCCUGCUGAGGAUCCCCGGGGCCGCCACGAGAAUCCGGAAUCUUUGCCAAGAACUAGAAGCAAAGUUCUACGAAGGGACUUUUAAUUGGGAAAGUGUCAAGCAGCACGACGCAGCCAGCCUGCUGAAGCUCUUCAUCCGGGAGCUGCCCCAGCCGCUGCUCAGCGUAGAGUACCUCAGGGCCUUCCAGGCUGUCCAGGAUCUUCCAACCAGGAAGCAACAACUCCAGGCUUUGAACCUUCUUGUCAUCCUCCUGCCUGAUGCAAACAGAGACACACUUAAGGCCCUGCUUGAAUUUCUCCAAAGAGUAAUAGACAAUAGAGAGAAAAAUAAGAUGACAACCAUGAAUGUAGCAAUGGUCAUGGCCCCGAAUCUCUUCAUGUGUCACGCGUUAGGCUUGAAGUCCAAUGAACAGCGAGAAUUCAUAAUGGCAGCUGGGACAGCGAACAUCAUGCAUUUAUUGAUUAAGUAUCAACAACUUCUGUGGACAAUUCCCAAGUUUAUUGUCAACCAAGUGAGGAAGCAAAACACUGAAAAUCAUAAAAAAGAUAAAAAAGCCAUGAAGAAAUUGCUGAAGAAAAUGGCUUAUGACCGAGAAAAAUAUGAAAAGCAGGAUAAGAACACAAAUGAUGCUGACGUUCCUCAGGGAGUGAUUCGAGUGCAAGCUCCCCAUCUCUCGAAAGUUUCCAUGGCAAUACAGCUAACUGAAGAACUAAAAGCCAGUGAUGUGCUUGCCAGGUUUCUCAGCCAAGAAAGUGGGAUUGCCCAGACUCUUAAGAAAGGGGAAGUUUUUUUGUAUGAAAUUGGAGGAAAUAUUGGAGAACGCUGCCUUGAUGACGACGCGUACAUGAAGGACUUGUUCCAGCUCAACCCCAGCGCCGAGUGGGUCAUAAAGUCAAAGCCAUCCUAGGAGGUGGAGGCUGCAGAUCUACCAGGACUUCCUGAGACUACUUGCUGGGGCGAGCGUGCAAAUGGCAGGACUCUCCUAUUGUUCAAAUGUCCCCCACCAUUGAAUAGUGACACCCUGAAGCCUUAAAAAGUUACAGAUUUGUGCUGCUGCCAGAAUUAUGUUAAUUGUUAACAAUAUGAUGAGCAAACCAGCAUCUCUGGAGCGAGAGGAAAGGGAGUUUGGUAGCUUGGUGGCCAUCACCCUCUGGGAGAGGUACCCAGAGGCGACAGUAAGUUUAAUGUGAGAACAUGCUCUCUCCCGUCUCCUCCUUUUUCUCUCCUAAAACCAUAUCCAUAGAAAUAUGUGCUGCUGCUCCUUUUUCUCCCCCUCAUGUCUGCCUUCCCCCAACUAGGUUUGCUUUUUAAAACCGAGAAGAUCGCCAAUACCAGGUAUUUGGCGAGUCGUGAAGACAGUCCAUCCGAAAACAGACCAAACUCAACAGUAUUCCUGUCACUAUCGAACGUUGAUGUUCUUCCCUUUGAAUCAUUUGUUCCAACGAGAACAUCCCACUGCUUCUUGCUGUAUCACACGAAGUGAUUUGCAUUGUCUUCAGUUCGUCUGACACGUGCACAGAACCGUAUCCACUAUCAAGAAAAUAAAACUGUCAGAGACUGCCAAUUAUUACUCAAAUAUUAAAUACGUCCAUCCUAAGAAUAGAUAAAAUAUAUCCAUGUGGAAUAACUGGAUUACAGAUAACAAGGGAGUGAAAGCCAAAUCACUUCAUGUAUGCUAUGUUCUCCUAAGUGAGAUUUACGAAGUCUUAGCUGGCUUUGCCUAUCGUCAUAUUAGCAUAAACACGCGUGAUGGUAUUGAUCCACUAAUGGUUAGGAAUGUAUUGUACUGAAACAGGGAAUUAUUAUUUUUUUAAGCUCAUAAAUAAGGCUGCAGGAAGAAUUAUUUUUUUUCUGGGUAUGACACAGUCCUAUGAACAAGCUUUUAUUUCUGUACUUUAAAUAAUCAGAGUAAAUUUAUUAAAAUGCUGCAGGAAGUACUAUUCCCAGGGAGUUUAAUGCACAAACCAUAUUGUGACAAGAGAUGAGCCUCUGAACUGUAAAUAAGAGGAACGAAGUGAGAAACUUUCAAUAUUUUAUGAGCUUAGAGUGUAGUAAAUAAAAGGUGAUGUAAAUGAAUGUUGCACACACUGUGUUUAUGAUACUUUUAGUAUUUUAGGGAAAAUUACACAUUCUCAGAAGCUCUUGAUGUCACUCCAGUUAGGAGGGAAAAUGCUGUUAAUGAGAACAGUCAUAAAUUUUUAGCAUGUAAUUAUAAGAGCAGCCUGUGGAUAUGAUCAUUUAAAUAACAUUGUGGUGAUUUGUGCCAUUGCUUUUUUAUUUAAAAAUUUUUUAUAAUUAAAUGCAUUUUUCU